UCUUCUUUCUUGGGCGACGCCUUCUCGCCAUUGACGGAAGCCAAAGCAACGCAGCAGACUUCUGCUUCGGAGGCUAGUGAGCUCAAAACGGAGGACAUGAUGCAAAAAGAGUCGCCUUGCCUUCUUUCCCUCUCGUUUUGAGGGGAGCGGAAGCAGGUGUCUCUGCGGAAAUUCCGUCUUGGAGCGCGGAGAUGGAUGUGGAGACGGGUAAGGCGGCGGGGGAUGGCGAUCGGAGGAGUAGUCGGAGGAUGGCGUUGGUGGUGAGAGGGAAGAGGGACGUGAAGCCUGUGCUCGUCGAGAUCGCCAUCGCCUUUGCUCUCUCCUUCGCCGGCUUCAUCGCGUCCCAGCUCUGGCGCCGCCCCCGGCUUCCCAUUCGUCCGCGAUGCCCUCAAUCCUCGUCCCCAGGUGGUGCAGAGCCGGAAAGUAGUGGGAAAAACAGUGGCGGUUGCCUCCAAGAGGAACUCCGCAUCCUGAAGAGUGAAGAGGAUUUGGGGGAGAUAAUCGAUGGCGUCUCCAUGAUUGGGCUGUCUCCUACCAGUUAUAACUCGGGUGAUGAUGAGGGAUUCCUCUUGCAUGAAUUCAACGAUUUUGUAAUGCAAGAAUUUGAGGUGAAAAGUAAAGAACUGGAAACCGCCCGAAAUAUCACGGUGCCUGAGAAGCCUGAUACCACGGAAGAGAUCGUGAUGGAGCAAGAGAUCGCAAGUCUCAGGGAGUUGGUUUUGUCCCUAAGGGAGAAGGAAAGGAGUCUUGAGCUUCGGUUGCUAGAUUAUCAAGGUGUGAAAGAGCAAGAAGCUGCUAUGGGAGAGCUUGAGAAUAGAUUGAAGAUUAGUGCAAUGGAGGCUAAGUUGUACAUUUUAAAGAUAGACUCUCUGCAGGCUGACAAUCAGAGGCUAAAAUCUCAGCUUUCAGAUUAUUCAAGAGUAAUUAGUGAACUUGAUUGUUCAAGAGAGAAGAUUAAACAUUUGAAGAAGAAGAUGGAAUCGGAUAGGGAUGAGGCAAAAGACAUAAUAGCCUCUCUUCACCAGAGUAUCAAUUCAUUGCAGCAUAGGGAGCAAAAGGAUGUGAAAACUGAUGCAGAGAUUAAAAGGAAGUUGAAGAGGUUGGAGGAGUUGGAAGAUGAGUGCAUAGAGCUCAGAACAAUCAAUUCAAUGUUGGUAAAUGAGAAUUCAUGUUUGUCAAGGGAGUUGGAAACUGCAAAAAUGAUUGUGUCUUCAGUUCAUGAGGAUGCAAAGAUGGAAGGGUUAGAGGAAGCCAACCACUUGAGGAAGGUGAAUGACAAAUUGAUGGAGGACAUCGAACAACUUCAAACUGAUAGGUGUACUGAUGUUGAGGAGCUGGUGUAUCUUAGAUGGGUAAAUGCUUGCUUGAGAUACGAGCUGAGGAACUACCAGCCACCUCUGGGAAAAACAGUCGCAAGAGAUCUUAGCAAAUGCUUGAGUCCCAAAUCUGAAGAAAAGGCCAAACAACUCAUACUGGAGUAUGCCAAUUUGGGUGCUGAUGAGAAAAGUUUAAAUCUUUUUGAAGUUGAUUCAGAGUGUUCUUCUUCCUCACAAGCUUCUGCCGGAGAACCUGAAGAUACACCAACCGAUGCCUCAUCGGCAAUAACACAUAGUAGUUCAAAUAAACUAAAGUUGCUAAGCAAGCUUAAGAAGCUAGUGUUAGGAAGCGGAAACCGGGGAAAGAGAGCUUCAGCAGCAGAUAGAACUCCAAGUUCUGUAAAUUCUGAUACAAGAGCAUCUGCCUCUAUCUGUUCUAUUGAUGAUGCAAUUGCUAGAGAUUCAUAUGAUAGCUCACCAUCACGCAUGAUAGAGGAUGUUGCUGCAGCAAAUCUGUUGGCAGGAACGGAAGCACAAGCAGUCGAAGGGCAACGUAAUAAAAAUGUUUUCUCUCAAAUCAAUUCCAGGCACUCUUUGGACAUCCAGAGGUUGCAGAGGCUUGAUCUGGAAGAAGCAAGAGAGGAAGAAGGUAUACUUCAUAGGAGAAAUUCUGGAACAUGUUGUAGGUAUAAGAAAAUAUCACUUUUAGAGGAUACAUUGAGCAAUUGCAGCCAGAAUAAUAUGAUUGGCAAAGAAGGUACUUAUAUUCCUGAGAAAGCUGACUUGAAAAAGUUUGCAGAUGCUUUGCGAAGUUCAAGAGGGAUAUCCAAAUUAGAUGGGAGAUCAGCAUCUUCUAGAUAUUGAUGCCUAUAUAUUGCAUGAAGCAAUAUUAGUUUCGCCAUACGCAACCCAGAUUUGUAGAUGUAAAUUUUCUGUCAAAACUAGAAGGUUACUAGCAGUUUAGAUGCUUGUUUCUUGCCCAAAAAAUAUCCAAACCCUGAAUACAAAUGUGGUAAAAUUUGUACAGCUCAUUUGAAUAUGAAAGCUGAGGUUUCUAAAUUCUUGCAUCCUAUCUUUGAUAUAUGUUUACAAGUUUUCUGCA